UUGUUGAUUUCGGGCAACCAGGAAAACUAGAAACAGUAUAGAAAGUUUAGCAAAUUUUGUCGCAGAUUGUACUUCCACUUCAGGUACUAUAAUUAUAAGUUUACUGCUCUUAGCAUCCAACCAAACGGAAGUCGUUUAGGACAGUGUACCUUACCUGUGCCAUUCGUGAGCAGACUCAUUCCAGACAAGGAUUGACAAUGGAAGCAUUUCUUAAAGGUUCUACUGCUUCAUCCCAGACGAAAAAGGCUAGUGCACCUUUAGCAAGCACGUCAAAAAAAGACAACAAGGAUGUCCAGCAAUCACCGAAGCACAUCCCUUGGGUGGAGAAAUACCGACCACGCACAGUGGAAGAUGUUGCACACCAAGAUGAAGUUGUUGCUGUCCUGCGAAAGAUACUUACUGGAUCAGAUCUGCCUAAUUUGUUAUUCUACGGUCCACCUGGCACAGGCAAAACAUCUACCAUUUUAGCAGCAGCACGCAGCCUUUUUGGCCAUGACUUGUACCGGAGCCGUGUUUUGGAGUUGAAUGCAUCGGAUGAACGUGGCAUUAAUGUAAUCCGUGAGAAAGUGAAAAGCUUUGCCCAGUUCACAGCCAGCAAUACACGCCCUGAUGGCAAACCAUGUCCACCAUACAAAAUUGUCAUUCUGGAUGAGGCUGAUUCAAUGACCUCCGCAGCUCAGGCUGCUCUUCGGAGAACGAUGGAGAAGGAGACAAAAACAACACGCUUUUGCCUCAUUUGUAAUUAUGUCAGCCGCAUCAUUGAACCUAUAACAUCACGGUGUGCAAAGUUCCGCUUUAAGCCACUUGCAGAAACAGUAAUGAGUGAACGUCUAAAGCACAUCUGCAAAGAGGAAAAAGUCCAGAUUGUAGAGUCGGCACUGGAGACACUGAUGCAUGUCUCAGAUGGAGAUAUGCGCAGGGCUGUUAUGUACUUGCAGAGUGCCAGCCGCCUCUGUGGUCAAGAUGAACCAGUGACUGAGAACAUCAUAAUGGAUAUCACUGGGGUAAUGCCUGAUGAGAUGCUGGACCUUGUCCUCAAGACUUGCCAUUCAGAUUCCUAUGAAAAGCUUGACCUAGUAGUGAAGCAAAUCAUUCGAGAAGGUUACGCAGCGUCACAGGUGCUGAGUCAGUUGCAUGAUAGAGUGGUUAACAUGGAGGACAUUACUGACAGGCAGAAGUCAGCCAUUUGUGAGAAGAUGGGGGAGGUUGACAAGUGUCUGACAGAUGGAGCGGAUGAAUAUCUUCAGAUGAUAGCACUAUUCUCUGUCAUCAUGCAGCAGUUGUGUCAUGGAGAGUAAACUGUUAUUGUCGGUAGGGAGUGUCAUUCUCAACAGGGCGGUGCCAGCUUUAAACCUGUUUUCAUGACAGUUUGCUGAUGCUCAUGGUGAAAUGUCAGUGAUGACAGAAUGUCUGCUGUACCUUGUAUGAUGUUGACCAGAGACAAAUUGAAUGAUAACAACUGGUUUUGUUUUGUUUUGUUUUGUUUUUUUGCACAUUUAACUCAUUAGACCCUUUAUUAUGUUGAAUAAAAUAUAAGAGAUGAUUUUGCGAAACAAAAAAAAAAAACCACCACAUUGCUUUAGAAAUCUACAAUUUAAAAAAAAAUUAUUUCUCAAAAGCAAUGGGAAAAAAAAACUGUGAAUUGUUUGGAUGUUGUGAAGAAAUGUCUUCCUCCCUAACGAGUUGCAAUUUCUGCUUACAAAUAAAUCCAAUCACUUACAACCCAUGGUGGAUAAACAGCGCUACUAUAAAGCUAACCUAGCAAGACCAGUUUCUUAUGUAUGAAUCACUGUUGCUACAUGUGCUGAAGUGUAAUGAGAAGUGGUACAUAAAUUGGUAAAUUUGCUCUCACCAGCCUUAGUUGCUGGCAUUGGAUAAAACCUCAGCAUCCUGCCUUGGUAAAUUGUACAUGAGAAAUCUUGUAUCACUGUUCUGGACUAUCAAGGGAGCGGAAUAUUAUUGCUCCUUUCUUGUAGAAUUUGAUCUGAACUUAUUAUCAGUGUUGAUAAAUUAUAUCCGCCUGAUCAAUCAGUUCUUGAUAAACUGUCACAAAAAUGUCAGGCUUGACAGUCAAUUUUGUCAAAUAGAUUCAAGAUUUAUUAUAAUUAAUUUAUAAACACUCAUUUGGCGUCCAUUGGGGUUCUGUACAGCAUGUUUGUGAAAGGUUCGUUGAAAGCGUUUUAUAAAAAAUCCUGUACUUAAGCAAAGUAAGUUUUCAUGUGUGAAGUAGCCAGCAAAUUGUCAGAAGCUUGAGCACUAUAUGCAAUGUUUGAAUAGAGUCCAUCACUUUGUGUUAAAUUCUUUAUCUGUGUUAUAAAACAACUUGGCAAAACCCUA